AUGGCUCCCCUCGAGACGAAGCCCACGGCGGAGGAGGUUGUCACGUAUGGCAGCCCGUCAACUAGUCCGCCCGGCCUGAGGCUGCUCCAUUACAAUGAUGUCUACCACCUCGACGCCUCUUCGGCUGAGCCUGUGGGUGGCAUCGCCAGGUUCAUGACCGUCUGCAAUGAGUACCAGCAGGGCGACCGCUUCAAGGACCAGCCCAACUGCCUCACCCUCUUCUCUGGCGACGCCUUUAACCCCAGCCUGGAGAGCUCCAUAACCAAGGGGAGCCACAUGGUCCCCAUUCUGAACGCAGUCGGCACCGACUGUGCCAGCCUCGGCAACCAUGACCUUGACUUUGGCGUCGGCCAGUUCCGCAACCUGGCCGCCAAGUGCUCUUUCCCGUGGCUCAUCGCCAAUGUCCUUGAUGCUGAUCUUGGCCCCAAUGUCCCCAUCGGCAACGCCAGGCGCACUCACAUCAUCACCGCCAGCAACGGCUUGAAGAUCGGCAUCAUCGGUCUCGGGGAGCGCGAGUGGCUCGAGACCAUCAACUCACUCCCGCCGAACCUCAUCUACAAGUCCGCCACCGAAACCGCCAAGGAACUCAUCCCCCAGCUGCGCGCCGACGGCGCCGACCUGAUCGUUGCCCUCACCCACAUGCGUGAGCCAAACGACAACAAGCUGGCUGAGAAUGUCGGCGACCAGAUCGACAUCAUCCUGGGAGGCCACGACCACUACUACUCCCACAGCUUCAUCAACGGCUGCCACGUGCUGAGGUCCGGGACCGAUUUCAAACAACUCAGCUAUAUCGAGGCCCGCAAGGCCCCGUCGGGCUCUCCUCGGCCGUGGGAAUUUGUCAUCUACCGCCGCGACAUUGUCUCGUCCGUCGCUGAGCACAGGCCCACUCUCGAGCUGGCAAAUAAGCUCACGGCCAAGCUGAAACAGUCCCUCGAGAAGCCCGUCGGCUGGACUGCUGCGCCACUGGAUGCCCGUUUUACCACAGUGCGACUGCGGGAAUCAAACAUAGGAAACUUCGUCUGUGAUAUCAUGCGCCAUCACUACUCUGCGGACUGUGCGCUGAUGGCCGCUGGCACGAUUCGCGGCGACCAGGUCUACCCUCCAGGUCCGAUCCGCGUCAGGGACAUCACGGACUGCUUCCCGUUCGAGGACCCCGUGGUGGUUAUCAAGGUCACCGGACAGGCUAUACGAGAGGCGCUCGAGAACUCUGUGAGUCUGUACCCGGCGCUGGAGGGGCGGUUCCCACAGGUCUCAAACAUCCGCCUCACAUUCGACCCAAAGAGGCCAGUGGGCGAGAGAGUUACCGCCGUAGAUAUUGCGGGCGAUGGGUACCUCCCCGACAAGGUUUACGUGCUUGCAACCAGAGGCUAUAUGGGCCGUGGCAAAGACGGCUACAAAUCCCUUCUUAUCGAGGAAGAAGGCGGCCAGGCUGUUGAGAUUGUCUCGGAGGAGAACGGCAUUUUGAUCUCCAUGAUGUUGAGACAGUAUUUCAUGUCCCUCAAGGUUCUUGACCAAUGGGCUUAUCUGGGCCCUUCCAUGAAACGUCACUGGGGCAAGGUCGUUUCCAACGUCACAAAGUCACACCCGUGCAUGGAGCCGAAACAUGCAACUGCCAAUUCUCCCAUCGCCCAGACCCCAGUCACGCCGAUUUCAAGCAAAGGGUCUAAGCGAGGUUGGGAGCACUACUCCCCGGAAAAGAUGCGCCAGAGGAGGAGCAGCGUGGGGCCGCUGACGGAGAGGGAGACGGAUGUCGACCGUGACGGUUCCAGCCCUGCCCCGGAACCCAGACCACUAGAGGGUAUUGCGGAGCAAGAUGACGAAGAAGAAGCAGAGCUUAGAAUUAUGAGGAAGAUAUUUAGGAAAUGGUGUAAAAAGGCCGGUGUCAACGCAAAGGCCGGGGAGGGCCUGCAAGAGGACGAGGUUGACUGUGACUGGACCAAGGCCAUCGCACCGCAGGUCGAGGGAAGAAUAUCUAUGGUCGGAGAGUAA